GUGUGUGUGUGUGUGUGUGUGAGUGAGUGUGUGCGUGCGUGCGUGCGGUGUGUGCGCGCGCGCGCGCGCGCGCGCGCGUGUAUGCUUGCGCUAGGGCAAGUGAGGAGGGGGACUCAGCUCAGGACGGGGAGGCGCUGCUCGCAGGUCCCGGUGUCCAGGUGGCGGCCAGAGCGCUUGGUCCGCAGGCAGCGGGCGGGUGGUCCACCCUCCCGCCCCAACCACGCGCGUGCGCGCCCCGGCCCCUCCCUCCCUGCCACCCUCCUCGGCUCCCGCGCGGCGGCGGCGGUUCCUCUCCCCCUCCCCCCAGCCCUGGCUCCGGGGGACCCUGCGAUGCCGGUCCGCACCGAGUGUCCCCCGCCGGCUGGUGCCUCGGCCGCCUCCGAGGCCUCUCUCAUCCCACCGCCGCCCAUCAACACCCAGCAGCCCGGCGUGGCCACCAGCCUGCUCUACAGCGGCUCCAAGUUCCGCGGCCACCAGAAGAGCAAGGGGAACUCGUACGACGUAGAGGUGGUGCUGCAGCAUGUGGACACGGGGAACUCUUACCUUUGUGGGUACCUGAAGAUUAAAGGCCUUACUGAGGAGUAUCCAACCCUUACAACCUUCUUUGAAGGAGAAAUAAUCAGCAAAAAACACCCUUUCUUAACUCGAAAGUGGGAUGCAGAUGAAGAUGUUGAUCGGAAACACUGGGGCAAGUUUCUGGCUUUUUAUCAGUAUGCAAAAUCAUUUAAUUCAGAUGACUUUGAUUAUGAAGAGCUGAAGAAUGGGGAUUAUGUCUUCAUGAGGUGGAAGGAACAGUUCCUGGUCCCAGACCACACGAUCAAAGACAUCAGUGGUGCUUCCUUUGCCGGGUUCUACUACAUCUGCUUCCAGAAGUCGGCAGCCUCCAUAGAGGGCUACUAUUACCAUAGGAGUUCAGAAUGGUAUCAGUCGCUCAAUCUAACUCAUGUCCCUGAACACAGCGCACCCAUCUAUGAAUUUCGGUGAUAGUCGUUCAGAACAGCAACCAAAUAAAUCUGAACUUGGCAAAAAAGAACUUUGCCAAGAAAAUCGCGUACCUGCCGGAACCAGGAGAACAUGUGUUCCUGUUUCUUCGUGAGCAGACUCACAUCAGAAAGCAUGAAUGUUAACCCACAGAAUCUGAGGAGCAUGGCCAGCCGGCAGGGCAGGUGGAGGGGUCCAUCUCUGUUCUUUCUCCCUUUCUGUGGCAGUUUGGUCUUAAUCUGUUUUUAAGCUACCUUAUAUGCACUUUUCCUUCCUGCACAGCUAACUUCCAUGUCACUGAAAUGCCCAUUCCUUCCUCCAUCCCACCUCCAGCCAAGUAGAAGGUCAGCCCCCGGUCACCCUCAGCCUUGGUGCUCAGUGGUCCCCAUCCAGGCCCCCUGCCCCCCAGUUGCUUAGUCUGGUAGCUUAAGAAAAGGCAGAGCCCCAGCACAUGUGUGCCCCCCAGAGCUCUGUGUAGGGAGUGUCGGGUGAACUGUAGCAGCGUCCGCUGCAGAAAUGUAAGGGGGAGGCUGAUUGCCUAACAGGGUCAGCUGGCCCUGCCCAGCCUGGUAAUGUUCACUCGAAGCUCGUCAGUGGCUAGCAGGUUCCCUGGGCCUGCCGUCAGGGAUCACUAAAUUUAAGGCUUCCAGAUCCCUGGCAGGAACAGAUUCCGAUCCUGCUUACUUAGCGCGUUUGCUCCAAACUUUUGAACUUGAGGGCAAUACUAAACUUUAAAAAAAAAAAAAAAGAGUUUUUUUAUUACAAAAUUAUUUUUAUGGUCCCUUUAACAAGGACCCUAUGGCAAAUGCACAAAUAUUCAGAAUUACAUUUUAUCGUUUUCACAUUGAAAACAGCAAAUGUUGACUUAGUAAUUUUUAUACCUAUAUCUAUAUGUAAAUGUAUAUUUAAUCAACCAGCAGUUUGAAACUAGUCAUUCUGGUACAGUUUUGCAGCAUUGCAUAAAUUACAGUGCUAAACAUGAGAACUGUUUUUGGGGCCAGUUUAGCAUUUGUACCUCCUCCUUUUGCUACUCAGAACAGCAAUGCUUCGUGGCGACUUCUUCCAUCAGGCAGAAGGGGCCGUCAUUCUCCUAAAACAGCGACUCUGAAAUGUUGGGAUGGGGGAGGGGUGGGAACAUGAACACGUUCAAAUAACUCAAGGCUCACGUGCCAAAGUAAGUGUGCGUGCGUGCGUGUGCUCCUUUUUGGUUUUGUUUAAUGUUUAAAAAGCUUAAUAGAUUGGCAUCAGUUGUGGACCACAGAUACGGGUAGAGCUUUGGGUGAUUGGCAUUUUCUGGUGGUUUACGAGGCUGACUCAGAGUACAAGAGGGAAACCUUUAAUAACAAGAUAGCAUUAUAACUCACAGGAGCAAACAAGCUGAGAGGUGCAUAUCAUGGGUGGUGAGACAGCACAAAGCCCUCGGCCUAGAUGAGUGGUGGGAGUCCUCUGUUAUUGAAGAGUGUGGACUGAGUCGAUAUUCAGCCUAAUAAUUCCCAUGCAGUCCACACCGGCUCUUAACAUCCAUAUGUGCUGUAUGUUACUGAGAGUGAGUGUUAGGGAAGCCCCAAGGGAGAAGUGCGUGGGGAAGAGGUCAGCAUUGGGACAUCUAGGAUGUGUAGUCCUAAGGCUUCGUGCAGACGUGUGACCGACCACCCCAUCAAGGCAGCCCACGGCCAUGGAACCCUGAAAAGUUGCCUUGGUGACUUUAGUGGGAAAAUGAUUCACAUUUAUUCCCAGAGAUGAGUCAGAACUGUUUUUGUGAUUUUAAAACUCCAAAAGGCAACAAAUGUGUGUGUCUGGUCAAACCAGCUGAAAGCACAGUAACGAGGAGAUGACGAUCACUGUUGGUUCAGUUUAGCUGACGGUGUCACCUAAGAGUAGAAGAGGCAGCAGGGCUGCGCUGGCUUUCUUCACCCAGCGCGAGCCUUCCCAUUUCACCUCCAUUCCCCUCCCACAUCGUGCUCGUACAUAUUGUCUGCAUUUGCAGCCUUCUUAAAGGACACAGGCCUUGCUCAGGACACUGGCAGUGAGGUCUCCUGGAGCUUGUCAGGGCCUCCGGGUGGCUCUGAGAGGUCAGUGGGUUGGUUGAGUGGCCAGGGGAGGACAUGUGCAAACUUGGAUGGUAUUCAGCUAGCUGGAAGGGCCAUGUUCUAUGCAGGAUUUCUUUUUUAGCGCUGUAAUGAAGUAUACCAGUUGGGGGAAAUGGAGAAGUGAUACUUUUAUUACAUCUUUUGGACACAUCUGUGAUGAAGACUUGUCCACAUAAAACCUGCCCAUUGAGGACCAGGAAGGGAUUGUUUUCCACCUCCUCUCAGUAACUCCCGUGCAGUCUAUAUCGACUCCUCUUGUUCAGCUCCCAAAGGCACUUUGGGGAUCGUCACCGUCUGCAGUUGUUCUUUCCAGAACCUCAGUGGUUUACAUGCCUCUGGUACAAUGUGCAAUAUUUUUGGUUGACACUUGUAUUCAUCAUUCAGAAGUUAGCAUAGAUUGCAGAUUUUCUACUAUCUUCCUCUGCUCCAAAUAAGACUGCCAAGAGGUGGGGCCCUAGGGAUCUGGCUGCUCUUAAUCCACUACUCAGAAAGCUUCCAUUCUCAGGUCCCAGCCUCAUUGCUCUUCUGUGCUAGAGUUAUCUCUUCCCACCCACCCCUCCUCUUACACAUCACAGCUUUCCAGCCACAGUCCAAAAGUACCUGAGCAAUGCCCAAUAUGAAAUAGAAAGUCCAUUUGUGAGCAGGUUCUAUUGGUGAUGUGGAAACCACAAACUCCAGGGGAGCAAAGGGACUUUUCCAUGUCAUUUGCUUUCAGAAAUGGGGGAUUUUUAUUCUCUAAGGCCUUGAAUUGAUUUUUUUUCUCGUAAAAUAGUCUGAUAAGCUAAUUUUUAAAAAGAAAUGCCAUUAAGUAUGUUGCAUUGUGGUUUAAAAUUACUAACGAGUUCUGGGAAAGAAAAAUAAUAUUUGAUUUUGAAUCUUAAAUGUUUUUAAAAAUUAGAUGUGAAUGGAUGCAAAGUAUGAAUAUUUUGUUUCUUUAGGGAGGACAUGUGGAAAAGGUUUGAGGGUUUGGGAUGGGAGAAGUAUUUUGCAGAGCUAUCAAUGUCCAAAUAAUUUUUUAAAAAUAAUAAACGUAUUUAAGCAGUGA